AUGCCCAUUGGAGACUUGCUCGCUCAGAUCAGUGGUGAAAAGUCCAAUCCGGGCCCCGACCCGAGCCCUCGCGGAACAAACCCCCUGCCCGCCAAGCGCAAGCCCGAUGACGACCUUCGCAGUCGACUUGGGCUCAAGGCGCCGCGGACGAACCAGGGGCUCAGGCCCGGCGGCCUGGAAAAUCAAGCUGCGCCUCACGUACCAUAUACCGGCAACGCAAGGCCGAGCAGCAACGUGGUGGCUGGGCGAGCCUCGGCUUCGGCGCCCAGGUCUGGGAGACUAGGGCAGCAACGGGAACCUAGUCAUCGCCCGGGGGCUCCGGCUGCGCCCUCCGCAGCACCGACAGGCCCGCCCAAGAAGGGCUCCUUCGCCGAGAUCCUGGCCCGCGGCCAGAGGGCCCAGGCUGUCAUGGGCCAGGUGGGCAAGAUCCAGCACAAAAAGGUUGAAAAGGGGGCCGCGAAGAAAACCCAGGGCGAUGCCGUCGCCCCUACAGCAUCUUCCAGCAAGGCUCGGGCGGUUAGUGGCUAUGCGGGCACCGCGAAACCCCCCGCCCAGCGUGACGGGCCAAACGGGUCACACGGCCACAAGCCUCUGACCAAGGACUCCCCCCGCAAACCCAGCAAUGUGAGAACCGUCGCCGUAGGUCGUCGCAAGGCCAAGGAAGCGGAGGAGAGCGAAGCGGCGAAAAAGGUCAAGAAAGCAGCGCAAGCAACCACGGGCUACACAGGAACCGCGAGACCGAAGCCAGGCAAUCCAGCCCGGAAGAAGGACGCUCCACGCGGCGGCGCACUGCUCAACGCUCCUCGGCCCAAGGUUUCCAAACGGUCUCGCUAUGAGGACGACUACGACGAAGACUUGGACGAGUUUAUCGAAUACGACGAAGAUGACGACGACGACGACGACGAGCGAAUCCGGCGGGGGCCUCGUUACGACUACGCGUCAGACGGCUCCUCCGACAUGGAAGCUGGCAUGGGCGAACUAGACGAUGAGGAGCGUCGGGCCGAGUUUAUCGGCCGUCGAGAAGAUGAGGCGGAGGAACGUCUAGAGAGGAGCCUCAAGACGGCCAAGGAAGAACGGAAACGCAAAGCCCUGGCGGAUUUGCGAGCCAGACGGCGGUAA